UGGGGGUGAAUAUCCAACAACCAUGCAGUGCGAUUCUUCGUAAACGAAGGAGUCUUGAGUCUGUUUAGCCGAUCUUGUUUUUCUGGGAUAUCCCACACCUUCAACAGUUGUUCCUUCUGGGAUUUGAUUAUUUCUUGGGGCUUCCGUUGCAUUUAUUUUUCACAAGUUUUUGUUUGGGGGGUAAAGAGCAACGAUCAAAUAAAUGAUUAAUACGGCACUUAACAUGCAACAGAACAGAACACGCGAAUAAAGUCAACCACCUAGUAUUGGUCUAUUUAUUGUUAAACUGUAAUGUGAAAAAUAAAUACUUUUGAAACUUAUAAUUUUACCAAUCAACUUUAUAAAAUAACUAUUUUUAUUUAUUUAUUAUUUUCCUAUCACGUCAAUUAAACUACCAAAUUUUAAAAUAUUUUAUCUCUAAUUUCAUUUCUUUUUUCUCAAAUUUCAUAUAUUUUUAUUUCUCAAAAUACGAAAACAGAAGAGAAAUUAAUUUUACUGUGAGCCGCAACAGUUAGUACAUCUUGACGAGAGAGAAGUUACCUUUCUAUUUUCUACGUCGCUUCUCUAUAUCUUCCACAUCUACAAACAAUACGCCAUUAAAUUUUAGAAUUUCAUUAAGCAAUACAUAAACUACAGCAUAUAGUAUUAAUGUUCCUAAUAGUUAAAUGAAAAUAUAUAUUCUUACUGCGAGCUGAAUAAAAUAAGUUUAUCUUCAAAACAAUAAAUUGAAAUUAAAACUAAAAUUAGAAUUGAAGUAAGGUAAACAUUUCACAGCAGAAGACACAAAAAUCCUACCGAAUGCAGGACCAUCGUGGCUCAGUACUUUCGUCAAACACCCUGCAGUAGUGGUGGAAGCCGCAUGAAAUAUUUUUAAAACCUUGAGUUGAUGACUUUUAUAAUUCUUCAAAGCUCAAUCCAUAAUCAAACGCUUCCGAGUUCCGAAGGCGCAACUCACAACUUCCUCGCUCUCGCCGGAAUUCAACAGAAUCGCUUAUUCAUCGUCCACCGUGUGGCAAACCUGAACAGCUGAGCUAGGAAUCAUUUUCAUUUCCGCAGUUGCAAUGUCAAAGAAUAAAGAUGCUACCAAUCUCUCACGCACCUUUAAAUACCUAUUAGCUACCCAGUUCUUGUCAAGAGGGAUUCCAUUUAUAUUCAAUACAUGGAUUGUAAGGCAUCUCACACAAGAGGACUAUGCGCUGUACGCAGUGCAGUUUCAUCUGCUAGUCACAUGUAUAUUAUUUCUUAGCCGGGAGGGCUUUCGUCGAGCAUGCUUGCGAAUGGACCUGAAAUGUGAUGGCAAUUCAAUGGGAGAUGUUGUGAAGCUAAUGAAAGUAGUGUGGAUGAGUUUCCCACUUGGAAUAUUUAUUACAAUUGUAAUAUGCCUUUUUGUCUUCUGGUGGCAACAAAUAAGUUAUUGUAGUCCACAUGGGCAAGCUAUCUUGAUCAAUGGUUUUGCAUGUAUUUUGGAGCUCUUGGCUGAGCCUGCGUACAUUCUCUCACAAAGCAUGGUUUUACUUGAAUUACGGCUGAUGGUUGAGACUAUAGCCACUCUGUUACGAUGCUUGACAAUGUAUUUUCUAAUCAGCAAGCAAACUGGAAUUGAAAAAUCAAUCAUAUUUGGUUUGUCACAGUCUGCAUAUGGAGCCAUCUUAUUUCUUGGUUAUUGGGGCUAUCUUUUGCUUUUCCAAAAAUUGAAGGUUUCAUACCUCUUUCCAUUCAGAAAAGGAAAACUGAUUGAUUUUGACCAGCAGCUGUCCAAGAUGUGUUUACUGUUUACCUUUCAAUCCUUUCGAAAAUUGAUCCUUCAGGAAGGAGAAAAGAUAGUACUUGUAUGGUUGGAUACACCAUAUAAUCAGGCAGUAUACGGCGUGGUGGACAAAUUGGGUAGCUUAGUGGUGAGACUUGUCUUUUUACCUUUUGAAGAAAGUUCGUAUGCAACAUUUGCAAGGUCUGCUUCAGGACAAUAUCCAGGAAAAAGCAAGAAAUUGGGAAAUGGCUUGACGGAAUCCCUUAAGUUAGUUUUGUUGAUUGGCCUUGUUUUUAUGGCAUUUGGUCCAAGUUAUUCUUAUUCACUCAUUAGAUUGCUUUAUGGUGAAAAAUGGAGUGAUGGAGAAGCGUCAACUGCCCUCCGUUGUUAUUGCUUUUAUGUCAUUGUUUUGGCCAUGAAUGGAACCUCUGAAGCCUUUAUGCAUGCAGUUGCAACCGAGAGCCAACUCAAGCAAUCUAAUGAUUCACUACUUAUAUUCUCGUUGAUAUAUAUAAUUUUGAAUGUCCUGUUAAUAAGGUUAGCUGGGGCUGUUGGCUUGAUAAUGGCAAAUUCUCUCAAUAUGACCCUGAGGAUUUUAUACUCUGCUAUAUUCAUAAAGAAGUACUUCCAGGGAUCUUCCUCAUUUUCUUUCUAUGAAUGCUUGCCGUCAGGAUGGAUUAUUCUGUUACUUUCAGGCAUAAUCACUCUCAUUUCUGAGAAUGUCUUUUUGGACCGAGAUAAUUUCUGGCCAUCAUUCAUGGUCCAUUUCUCUGUUGGGCUGGCUUGCUUCUGUGUGUCAUCAUACGUGAUCUAUUGCCGGGAAAAAACAUUCAUCAGAAGACUUGUUCGCUUUAAUGAUCAUGUGGACUGAAGACUUCUGCAAUAUGUCUUGGAGGUGUUUGUUUCUUUGAAACAGUUAGUUUUUUAAGACUUAUUAUUCAUGAUAAAUGACAAUUUUGGUGCAGUUACUGGAAGAUGAUGGAACGUCAGUUAGUUUUCUACGGGCUAUAUCCCAAGCAGCAGAAUAGUGGCAGACAUAACCUCAAAGGUUCAAUUUUUGGUAUAUGUAUAGUAUUUACUUUAGCCAUGUUUUUCUAUAACCUAUUGACAGUUCAUUGCGGUUUCUGCUGUGUCUAUUUAUUCAAAUUAUUGUCGGAGUUAAGCAGCAUGUGUGGUGUAUAAAGAUAGAAAAAUAGUGUUUUCUAUUAUUCCCAAAAUUCUUGCACACAUAUUUCGUGGAAUGUUUCGUAUUUCAUCUUACGAUAGGAAUACUUACAUUUAUUUUGAAAUAAAGGAGAUUCCGCAUGCGCUCUUCGUGCUAGUGGUCAUUAUGUUUAAA